GAAAACCGACCUCAAGAAAAUCUGUCAAAAGGCUUAGCUGUUAAAAAGGGAAAAGUAGCAGUCAGGUUCAGAAGGAAAUUCUCCUCGAUUGGUUGGGAAUCUGAAGGAGGUGUAAUAAUAUGAAUUGAAAUUCAGCAAAUUUACUACAACUUUUAUAAAGGGACUUUUGAAAGAGCAGUUUGGAUUUUUGUCGUAACUGGCUGUUGAAGUUUCUGACAGCAAGGUUCAAAAGGAGAAAAAUUCAGUUAAGUUGAAGUUCAAUGUCCAGAAAAGUUUAGAGACAUUUUUCACGAGGAAGGAGCGAGAUUCAGCCAAAAGUGCAAAUCUAUGAAAGGUAGAACUUUGGAUUUCCUCCAACUUUCAUAAAGGGUGUUUUGGAUGUGUUGCUGGCCAAAGAAAGCAAUGAAUUCAAAUUUCUUUGGAGGCUCAAAGUUAGAACUUCAUGCUGUCCUCAAAAACAGUGCUGCUUAGCAAUCUUUGGUGCAAGUUUUUGAAAAAAAUCUAGUGUGUAAGAGAUGGGUUCUUAUGUGCAAAAUGGAACCUUUGUUGUAUGUGGAACUAAUAUCAGUGGAAGUUGGGCAAGAUAAAGUGAGUUUGGGCAGUUAAAAUCGAACCCAAAGUGGAGCAAAUGGCUCUGCCGAGAGGUCUGACGAAACUGAAUCGUUUGAUUCAGUUACAGUCUCGAUUUUGUCAGAAACUUUGGAGCUCAAAUUCACGGUCUUAGAGCAAUCCUCUCAACGCGAAGCAAAAAUAACAAAUGGAGUGCUUGGGAUUCUCUAUAAGUUUGUCUAAGGGAGAUUAGAAAGUUUGGAUUGAAAAUUUGACGAAUUUUGGGCCUGAAAUUGUCGGUUGGAAAAAAGAAAGAAAGAGGAAAAGAAUGGGGGGCAGAGAGAAUAGAGGCGCGCGGCACCUCUGUGCGCCGGCCAGCACGAUGAGCUGAGCCACGUCCAGUACGCCGGCGAGCUGAGGUGGCAGCCAUGCGUGGUGAAAAGCUUCAAAAAAGUACUACUCCUGCCCUUGCUCUUAUCCGUUUUUUUUUAUGUCACCAUUCUUUUCUUCUCCCGGCCAAGAGCAGAACACAGCUAGCGCCAGCUCCCUCUGAUUUUUCUUUCUUGCACCGCAGCACCUGCUCUCUUUGCCCUCUCCUUCUUCCAGCGCAAGCUUGAGCCAUCCCUGUCUCCUUUUUCCUCCAGCGCAGGAAGCAAAGCAGCACAGCAAACAGCACAGCAACAGAGCAGCUCCUGGCCUCCGGUCCGCUCGAUCCGCUGGCCUGCACCACCGCCUGCGCGCCUUGGCUUGCCGCCCCACAUGCACCAUAUCCACCAGCGCCUGGCCGCCCGUGCUUGCCCUUCUCCUGGCCUCCACUGCGUCUACGCACCCAUCGCCGCCGCACCCCUUUCCUCCUUGUUCUGUUCUUCUCCCCACUGAGCAAACAAGCAAGCUGCAAGGAGUAACUUUGCUCUCUCCCUCUCUCUCAAGCUCAAGCACGCUGCCCCUUUUCUCCGUUUCCUGCUUCGCACGAACAAGCACCACCAGCUACGCACACCACCAUGCUGAGCUCCUGUCUAUUUCCUUUCUACGAAGCAAGAUAGAGAAACAACUCCCAUUUUCCCCCCUCUUCUUUGCCUUCCACCCCGUCCACAACCUGUUCAAUAAAAUGCCGCUCAGAGGGUUCGCGCAAGAUGUUGUCUCUUAUGCUGCACUGGUUGAAGGACUAUGUGAGACAGGGAGGAUUGAUGAGGCACUGGAGUUGUUUAGGGAGAUGAAGCGGCCAAACAUGCACACAUACGUGGCCUUGGUGAGGGGGUUGUGUGAUGCUAGAAGAGGGAAGGAGGGGCUCUGUAUGCUGCAGAAGAUGAAGAAGCUAGGAUGGAGUCCAAGCACUCGUGCUUAUGUAGCACUGGUCGAUUUAUGGUUUAGGGAGCGGAUGGUUGAUGAAGCUGAGAAAAUGAUGGAAGGAGAUGGUUUAGCUGCUGAUCAGUAUACUUGCAAUGUGCUAGAAGAUGCUUUGGUUGCGGACGUUGAAGCUCCUGAAGUGGAAUUCGUGGAAUUCAGCUGAGGAUGGGCAGCGUCCGCAAAAUGUUGAAGUGCCUCUUUUACUAAAGGGGUUUUCCGAAGAACUAACAUUUGUUGAUCCCAGGCAA